AUGGCGGAGUACGAGGCCUGUGUCAUCGACAUUGAAGCUACGAUUGAUAUUAGGAUCAAAAUACUUAAAGUCUAUAUAGAAUUAGCCUUGGUUAUCAUCCAAGUAAAAGGAGAUUGGGACACUAGAGAUCACAAGCUCAUCCCUUUCAAGGAGCAUAUCCUGAAACUGAUCCCUUAUUUUGACGAGAUUACAUUCCACCAUAUUCCGCGAGAGGAGAAUCAGCUAUCCGAUGCAUUGGAAACUUUGUCAUCCAUGUUUAAGGUCAAAUGGAAGAAUGAAGCACCAUUCUUUCAUCUCGACUACUUGGACGAGCUUGCUUACUAUUUGGCGGCCAAAGACGAAGCUGACAGUUAUCCUUGGUUCUAUGACAUAAUGAGAUUCAUAGAGAGCCAAGUUUACCCUAAGGACACAUCCAUCACUAACAAGGAGUAUCUUCAGAAACUUUCAUCCAAGUUCUUCUUAGGUGGAUGGGUACUGUACAAGAGAAAUUAUGAUUCAAUUUUGCUAAGAUGUGUGAACAAGCAAGAAGCAAACCAGAUUAUAAUGGAAAUCCAUGAAGGAUCUUUUAGGAUGUACGCCAGUGGGAACACCAUGGUGAAAAAUAUCUUAGGGGCCGAUUAUUAUUGGAUGAAUAUGGAGGUUGAAUAUUAA